GAACCGAUUAAGCUAAGAAUUAUUUUUUUUUUCAAGUUACAAAACAAUGCCACCUCGACUAAUGCAUAUGAACUCCACCUACCACAUGUAACUUCCUCAUUAGUGGAGGCGUCCAUCAUCAUCACAAUUCCCUCUUAUUUUCCUUUCUUUUCUUUCUAUUUCCAACACGACACAUUCUUUUUUUCUCAUGCAACAAACAGUGUCAACCAUUGGCGAGAGUCGCAGAGAGAGACAGAGAGAGAGACUUUGAAGAAGCUUUUUCAUGCAGGCAUGAAAACCGCACAGACAAAACCAUCGCCACUCAGCAAAUACUUCCUUCUCUCUCUUCUUCUAUGUCUUCCUUGUUUUCUGCUCUUAUACUCUCUUCAACCCAAACGCCACCAGCCCACCGGUGACCCACCGCCGGAAAAGAAUAUUUACGGUUCCGGAGACCUCAAAAUCAGACCGGGAUAUGCCUCCUACGAGUCAUACAUACAGCGCCAGCUCGAUAAGACCCUCAACCCUAAACUCAGAGAACUAUGGAAAACCCGCGACUGGGAUCGGAAAAUCCUAGUCUUUGGUGGGUUCUUCCAGGAUUUAAAGCGAAAGCAGCUUCUGUCCAACGAGUCCAAAGCUCUCUGUAUCGGGGCCCGAGUUGGACAGGAGGUUGAAGCCCUGAGGCGUAUCGGCGUGUCGGACUCGGUGGGGAUCGACUUGGUGCCCUGUCCUCCGCUGGUAAUCGGAGGCGACUUUCACAACCAACCCUUCGACAACGAGACCUUCGACUUCGAGUUCUCCAACGUGUUCGAUCACGCGUUGUAUCCGCACAAGUUCGUUGGCGAGAUCGAAAGGACGUUGAAGCCCGGCGGGGUGUGCGUGUUGCACGUGGCGCUGUCUAGACGGUCGGAUAAGUACUCGGCCAACGAUCUCUACAGCGUGAAACCGUUGGUGGAUAUGUUCAAGAGGUCGGAGGUUGUUCACACUCGGAAAGUUGACGGCUUCGGAUUGGACACCGAGGUUGUGUUCCGGAAAAAGAAGGUCAUCCCCUCGUCCUGAUCAUUGGCCGAUUUUCACUGCUGCUUUUUUCCUUUUCGUUUUUUGGGUUUUUUCUUAUUUAUAUAAUUCUUGAUUUUAAAUUA